GAAGACACCGUCGAUGAUUCUAACGUUACUUGCCCCUUCUUGCAUACCGAAGAAAGAACUUUCGAGUCGAGGUCUUCUUCUGCGGGGACGUUGUCCAUAGCACAACACCCAAAAUUGUCUUCCGGUGUUACUUUUAAAAAGGAUGGGCUAGAAUACACCCGUUGGACACUUGGACAGUCCACCACAUGCCCAAAAGCAAAAGAACGUUGCGGUCUUCAAGUUGAAGUGUUCGUUGAAUGAACAGUGUUUUUAUAUUUUUUGUGAAAAAUGAGGUGGCUUAUUUUGAUGAUGUCGGCAAUCGUUGCAGUUCAAUGUAGGCCUCAAACAGAAAACCCACAGAGUUCAGGAUCAACAGUUGAAAUUGAGAAACAAAAUAUCAUCGAAAUAAAACCCGAAAAAGUUGACCAACAAAAGAUAGCAGAAAAUACAAAUGAAAUUUUGGAAAAAAUAGCAGAGGUAAACAAAAAGCAAGGAUUAUCAACACGAAAGCAUACUCCAAACUAUUUCCAUUUCCCUACAAGUUUUUCCAGGUCACAAGACGGAACAAAAUCGAAGGAAACACCACGUACAGAUUUUAGAUUUGCAACAAACCCUUUCAGCAAUCCGAUUUUUGAGUACCUGGAAAGAGAAAAACAAGAAAAUUCCAAUCCAAAUGAAUACCAAAAAAGAGUGGUUACAGAAAACAACAGACAACCUCCAGAUUUUCGUUCACAUCCACUGGGGUAUGAGAUGUCUUCUUUUAACAACGCAGACGUUUCAGAAGAAGACGAGAUACCAGGACAGUACGUUAAAAGGAAAAUUGUCCACCAGCAAACAUUCAUAGUCCCCAAUCCAAGUAUGCUGCCCGCUUCUAACAACCUGAUUCCCUCCUAUCCUCAAACAAAUUUAAUACCAGUCGUUAUGCAAUAUGGAAACUUCGAAAAAGUCAAAGAAAAUAGUACUGACUCCAAAAAUUCCGUUGAUAAUCUGGAAAAACAGACUGUAGAUAAUGUAAGAAACAUUGUAUCUAAUUCUCAAUUCAAACAAAGCUCAGCCUACCAGCCUUAUGAAAAUCCCUUCUUACAACAUUUUCAGGCCAAUGCUCCGAACCAAAUACAGUAUGGUUUAACAAACAGGGAUGUUUUAGGUCAAUAUCCUACAGGCGGAAAUCCUUUAGGGCAACUUUCGAAUGGUCCUCUUGGGCAAAUUUCCAGUAACGGAUAUAACUAUCAGGUAUACGGGCCGUUCGGUGGGCAAAAUUUCGAGAAAGGUCGUCAAAAUUGGAACUGGCCAGGUUCCAACUAUUUUCCGAUCUACAUUAGAGAUCCUUUUGUACAAAUGUAUAACGCCAUAACGAGCAUGAUAGAAUAUGGACCAAAUGCUGGACAACAGAGUCCAUGUGGAAAAACGAAACCAAAAUCGGAAUCCUUGUUGAGAGAAGGUAAGGUAGCUUCAGAGGAAGGAACGAAGAUCAGCGUCGAAGUUGACGGUAACAGUCCAGCUCCUCAAAUUACUAUAACCGGAAUAGAUUCAGAAAAUAAUACUAAUACAUAUCUGGACAUAGAAAACAUAGAUAUUGGAUCAAGAGGGGACAAUAGUUUGAAGUUCAGUAUGAGCGUAAAAAAAGAAGAGCGAGAAGCUAAAGAUACAGAAGAAGCAAGGUCAACCUGGGAUAGAAUCAAAGUUACCGGAAAAUCCGGUGGUUUAGUGUUGAACGCAUCACGAAUGAGCAGCAAAUUUUCCGAAAAUUCCAAAGAUCUUAGACCGAUUUCGAUAUUGAAAAAUCAAAUACUGCCGAAAUCAACACCUAAACCCACCAUCAUUUCGCCACCACUUCGAGAUCCUACCAGGCAAACUAACGAGUUUGGAGACGAGACCGAAGAAGACAAGAGCGAGGAACUCAUCUCCAAUGAUCACAAUAAGAAGCUGUUCAGCAGAGAUAAUACGGGAAGUGGUGUUUUCAUUCAUAAAUUAAAAGUUAGGAAAGGUGGUGUUGCUAUAGCGGGUCCAGGUGGAAUAGCGACGGCAGGAAGCGGUGGUACUGCAAUUGUCGGGCCAAAUGGCAUUGCUUAUACCCAACCAGAUAGUCUUGCCAUAGCUGGUUCCGGAACCAAGGUUGUUGCUGUAGAUCCAACAAUAAAUCUGGGGGAUUUAGUUAAUAACACCGCUGGUGGUAACAGUAGUAGACUUGAUGCAUUAUUUCCCCCUUCUAGGGUGGGAAAGGUUGUAGCAGUGGGACCGGUAGUUUAUUAUAAUAGGGGGUAGGGGAAUGUGAGCAAUUUUUUGUACAUAGGUUGAUAAGUGACUUUAUGAGGAUUCAAUCAAAAGUUUUGGUCAUUUGCUCCGAAUGACGUUCUGUUAACGUAAUCGUUAAUAAUUUUUUUUGUUAAAAAAUUAUGAUGAGUAAUUCGAAUGCUGAAAUCGAUACCUAUGAUUUCCGAAUGAUUUUGUCACCAUUUAAUGACUCCAAAGCCAAAAUGAAAACAUGCAAUAAUUAAAAAUCAAGAAUACGUUCAGAAAUUUGGAAUAUUUAUCCAUUUUUUUUCAAUGUGGAAAGUAUAUAGGUAUGGUCUCAAAGAGUUCGAGAAUAUAUUUUUAAAACUGUUAGCUCAACCUGCAGUGGAAAUUCAAAGUUUUACAUUUUCAUUUUCAAUUUUAAUACAUAUAAAAUGUUAACUCGGUUAUAUCCAAGCAAAAAUAUGGAAUAAUGAAAAAAAAUUGCAUUGGGAUUAUGUACUAAAACAAAAAUCUUUGUUCUGCAAUUUUUCAAAAUAUAGAUAACUUUCCAAACUAUUUCAUAUUUUCUCCAAGUAAUGCGUUUGGAACGUCGUCAGAGCUUAUGAUCAAAUGUGGAAGUCUUCUUUUCGAGUCAUCUUGAGGUGUCAUUUGUCUAUAUAUUUUAAUGAUUGGAUUAAAAAUUUUAUUUUUCA